AUGAACGCGGCUGUCAGAGCUGUGACGCGCAUGGGCAUCUACGUGGGAGCCAAAGUCUUCCUUAUCUACGAGGGCUACGAGGGCCUCGUGGAAGGAGGCGAGAACAUUAAGCAGGCCAACUGGCUCAGCGUGUCCAACAUCAUCCAGCUGCGCAGUGGAGCUAUGGCCGGCGGCAUUGCCAUCAGCCCCAAGCACCCGCCGUCCCCGCGCCUGGAGCCUGGACGCUGCCUGUGCCCCUGCCUGAAUGGCACCACAGGGCCCUCCGGGAUGCCUCCUCCAGGCCAGGCCGCCCUGCACAGCGAUGAGCUCGCUCACUGCAAGAUCUCGGAGAGCACGGCGCAGACCUACUCGCACCUGAACAUCGUGGGGCUGGUGGGCUCCAUCGACAACGACUUCUGCGGCACCGACAUGACCAUCGGCACGGACUCGGCCCUGCACCGCAUCAUGGAGGUCAUCGACGCCAUUACCACCACCGCCCAGAGCCACCAGAGGACCUUUGUGCUGGAGGUGAUGGGGCGGCACUGUGGGUACCUGGCCCUGGUGUCCGCCCUGGCCUCGGGGGCUGACUGGCUGUUCAUCCCCGAGGCGCCCCCCGAGGAUGGCUGGGAGAACUUCAUGUGUGAGAGACUUGGGGAGCUGGUGGUCCAGAGGCUGGGCUUCGACACCCGUGUGACUGUGCUGGGCCACGUGCAGAGGGGAGGGACCCCUUCGGCGUUUGACCGCAUCCUGAGCAGCAAGAUGGGCAUGGAGGCGGUGAUGGCACUUCUGGAGGCCACUCCCGACACGCAGGCCUGCGUGGUCAGCCUGUCGGGGAACCAGUCCGUGCGGCUGCCCCUCAUGGAGUGUGUGCAGGUGACAAAGGAGGUACAGAAGGCCAUGGAUGAGAAGAGGUUCGACGAGGCCAUCCAGCUCCGUGGCAGGAGCUUUGAGAACAACUGGAACAUUUACAAGCUGCUCGCACACCAGAAGGUCUCCACAGAGAAGACCAACUUCUCCCUGGCCAUCCUGAACGUGGGCGCCCCGGCGGCCGGCAUGAAUGCGGCUGUGCGCUCGGCGGUGCGGUCUGGCAUCUCCCAGGGCCACACGGUGUAUGUCGUGCACGAUGGCUUUGAAGGCCUGGCCAAGGGUCAGGUACAGGAAGUGAGUUGGCACGAUGUGGCCGGCUGGCUGGGCCGUGGCGGCUCCAUGCUGGGGACCAAGAGGACGCUGCCCAAGAGCUACAUGCAGAAGGUAGUGGAAAACAUCCGUACCUACAACAUCCAGGCCCUGCUGGUCAUCGGCGGCUUUGAGGCCUACGAGGGGGUGCUGCAGCUGGUGGAGGCGCGUGGGCGCUACGAGGAGCUCUGCAUCGUCAUGUGCGUCAUCCCGGCCACCAUCAGCAACAACGUACCGGGCACCGACUUCAGCCUGGGAUCGGACACCGCCGUCAACGCCGCCAUGGAGAGCUGUGACCGCAUCAAGCAGUCGGCCUCGGGGACCAAGCGCCGCGUGUUCAUCGUGGAGACCAUGGGGGGCUACUGCGGCUACCUGGCCACCGUGACGGGCAUCGCCGUGGGGGCCGACGCCGCCUACGUCUUCGAGGACCCUUUCAACAUCCAAGACUUAAAAGCCAACGUGGAGCACAUGACCGAGAAGAUGAAGACACACAUCCAGAGGGGCCUGGUGCUUCGAAACGAGAAGUGCCAUGAACACUACACCACGGAGUUUCUGUAUAACCUGUACUCCUCCGAGGGGAAGGGUGUCUUUGACUGCAGGACCAACGUCCUGGGCCACCUGCAGCAGGUAGGGGCCCAGGGGCCUGGUUCUGGCCUCUCCCUCCAUCUGACCCGAGCUGAGGGGCCCCAGGAGGAUAUGGCAGGAUGGGGACCCUUCCCUGUGCACGACCUCAUGGGGCACCCGACCCUUCCCCCUCAUGCCCGUGCUUACCUGCUCGUCACCCCUCCAUGCGGGUGA